AUGAAAGAAACAACAAAAUUGUACCAGCAAGCAAUUACAGCCCUUUGGCUCUCUUCUCCCUACACGCCGGCGGAGGCGACUAUCAGAUCGGGGUCGAUUCCACCGAGCCCGCCAACGGCAGAGGAGACCCGAGCUUCCCCACCCGCAAGAGACGAAAUCCUCCACCUGCAUCAGCACAUUGGAGACCAGCAAAGGCGCUCCCUGCCCGUACAGAUCAAGGGAGAACUCUUCCUAAGAGAGGCGGCGGCGAACAGAGGCGGUGGUGGAGGUCUCAAGAUUAUGGACAUCUUGAGACUCUGUUGUCAUAGCCUGGAUUGCAACUUCUACAAGUUGAUUCCUAGUAUCAACAGGAGAGGGUUCCUUAGUGGGUGCUCGAGAGGGUUUAGUAGGGGUUGA